AUGCUGCCGACAGGGGCGUCGCCGAAUGUGCCUGGCGGCUACGCCAACGUGCCCCCGCGGUAUCCGAUGAACAUGCCACGGCGCCCUGUGCGUCCGAUGGACAAUGCGAUGGCAUAUGCAUAUCCCCCCAUGGCCUACCCGAUGCCCGCCGACGAGAUGCGCGCGCGCCCCCCCACCGAGGCGCACGACGGGCGGCCGCCGGUUGCGCCGAGUGGCCCCACGCCGACCGUGUAUUUGGCCACCUACUCGUCUGUGCCAGUGUAUGAGAUCACGGUGCGCGGUAUCGCGCUGAUGCGCCGCCGCUCCGACGGCUAUCUGAACGCGACGCAAAUCCUCAAGAUUGCCGGCGUGGAAAAAGCGCGUCGGACACGCAUCCUCGAGCGCGAGAUCCUUACCGGCGAACACGACAAGGUUCAAGGCGGCUACGGUACCUUCCAAGGCACGUGGAUCCCGCUGCAGCGCGCGCAGGAGCUCGCGAUCACCUACAGCGUCUACCACCUGAUCCGGCCGCUCCUCGACUUUGACCCCGCGGCGACGAAAGCGCCUGCCGCGCCGUACGCAAAGAAGAAGAGCGUCGCGACGCCUACCGAGGUGCCGCAGCCCGCGCGCCAGCCGCCGCAGCAGCAGCCGCGCUUCCUCACGCUGCGCCCCCCGGCAGAGAACGCGCCGAUGCUCGCCGGGGGCCUCGUGCACGCGCCCGAGCCGCCGAGCGAGGGAAGCGCGCCCGGCGUCCCCCCCGGCUCGUUCCCAGGCGCGAAGCAGGCGCUGGGUGCGUACGCGUCGCACGGCUAUACGCCCCACGGCAUCCUGCUCCCCCCCGCCGACGUCGCGCACGGCACCAAGCGCCCGGCAGAGGACGCGGACGACACCGCGCGGCAGGUGCGGCACGAGCCCGAGCCGGUGCGCGACCUUAAUGCGCUGAGCGAGACGCCGCUGCGUGCCGCCGCGCCGCCGUCGGACGACGCGGACGCGCCGCGGUUUGCCGACAAGGCGCACCACCCCAAUCUCGGCGACGAGCGCGAGCGGCGGAGCCGCGAGGUGCUGACCGGCCUCUUUGUCGAGGAGCACCCCCAGGACGCGGACGUCGCGCCCGAGGCGCAGCUGCGUGCGCUCCUCGAGGAGCUCGGCGUGGACAGCAGGACAAAGGUGUCGCCUUUGGACCUUGUCAUUGACGACCACGGGCACACGGCGCUGCACUGGGCGUCGGCGCUGUGCCGCCUGCGCCUCGUACGCAUGCUCACCGCGCUGCCGCCGAGCCAAGGAGGCGCAAACCUCUUCCUCGGCAACUAUGCGGGUGAGACGGCGCUGCACCGCUCGGUGCUCGUGACGAAUGCGUACGAGCUCUCGCAGUUUGCCGAGCUGCUAGACCUCUUGCACGACUCGCUCCAGACGCGCGACGCGCGCAAGCGGACGGUGCUGCACCACAUUGCGCUGGUCGCCGGCCUCAAAGGGCGGGCGGCGCCGGCCAAGUACUACCUCGGCUGCGUCCUGAGCCGGAUGCAGGCCGACGGCCACCAGCACGGCCUGAUCGACGCGCAGGACGACGAAGGAGAGACGGCGCUGAGCAUCGCCGCGCGCCUCGGCAACACCAACAUGAUCAAGAUGCUCCUCGACGCGGGCGCACGCAAGGACCUGCCCAACUACCUCGGCAUCACGCCGCUCGACUGGGGCAUCACCGGCUUGCCCGACUCGCCGCGCAACCAGCACGUCGCGCACGAGCUCGGCUCACUGCGCCCGGCCGACGUCGUCAAGUCGCUCACGCGCCCGCCGCCGGGGCCCGUGCAAAAGAGCGACGACGUGCGCGAAAAGCUCACACACACACUCGACGAGCUCCAGGCACUGUUUGAGCGCGAGACCACGUCCAAGAUCAGCGCCAUCGACACCACCCAGGGGCACCUGCAGGCCGCCACGCGCGAGCUCGCGGCGCGGCGGCGGCACAUUGCUGCCGCGCAGGACGCGGUGACGCAGCGGGAAGAGGCCCGGCAAAUGGCACAGAACCUCGAGCUCGCACUCCGGGAGCUGCCGAGCGUGCCAGACGCCCCGCCGUACGCCGCGCCGCUCGACGAGGCGCAGGGCGCGCUGCAGCACGGCGACGAGCGGCAGUACGCUGCUCAGAUUGUGCGCCUGCGCUGGCUGUUGCAGCACACCAACGCGCGGUGCGCGGCACUCGAGCGCGACCUGAGCGCAUCCAAGGCCCGCGCAGACGAGCGCCGCGCCAAGUACCACCAGGUCGUCGCGGUCUGUGCGCACGUGCCGGCCGACAAGGUCGACGGGAUGCUCGACGAGCUCCUCUCGGCGGUCGAAUCGAUCGGCUCGGACGCCGAUCUGGCGUCUGUAUCGAGCUUCAUGCAAAAGGUAGGGCGCACCGCGCCGCCGGGCCUCGCCGGGCCCGCGCCGAGCGGCGCACUGCAUAGCGCCGAGCCCUGGGCGGCUUCAUAG